CAUGCUUUUAGUAUAUACUACAAAACACGUGCCAGAUGUUGGAUGAAAUAUGACGCGUGCAAGAACGAAAUUUUAUAUAAAAGCAAGAUGCGUCUUAAUUCCCCUCAUAAUUCUCAGAUUUCCGCAUAAGAGGACGGAAGUAUCGUCUACGGCCUUCCCCUUAACGAUUCUCGGUUAGGUGUAUUGGUUCCUGUAGGCAAGAAUAGUGAAAGAAAAUACGAUGGUUGUUUUCUCCACCCCGGUGUUUACUCCAGUUGGACCAUCAGUGUUUCAUAAUAAUAGAUAUUUGCCUCUGUGCUCUGUAGUAACGACGCCAGCGCUGUUGGCUGUGCCGAUUGUCAAGCGGACAUGCAAUGUCUCUCUUGUGUGGCAGUUGAUCUUCAUGAAACUGUUCUCCAGUUUUGCACCCCAUUCUUGGAGACUUGUUGCUGUACCUUCAAAGCCUUCUGGACGCUGGCAUACGUUUGUGGAUUCGGCAAAAGUUCGUUUUGCUUGCGAGGCUUGUGGUCAUGGCUGGACAUCCAUGAAAGGCAGGGUUACAUUUUGGUGUGCUUUCUCGAAUAACACUGGAGUUGUUGCGUAUCGUCUGUAUGGACAACAGUGCGAUAACUGCCAGGGUGAAAGCUAUGAAUCCGCUAUGUGGUAUCCUGAAGAAAUAGAAAAGGUGCUCUGGAACAUCUGCAAUCGUGUGGCUCACGUGUUUUACGGUUGUGCCCGACCACCAAUACAACUCAACAGGAGACCUGGAAAACCGAAGAAUCCUCAUAAUUCAGAAAAAUGCCAAGCUUGUAAAGAUGGAGUCUGUGCUGAGCGAAGAUAAAGGAUUUGCGCUUUGUUACUCAGUGCACAUCUUAACUUGAAAAACGCCGGCGUGGCCAUUUUAAAUAGUUUUUUAAAAACUGCAGAUCACUCCUCAAACAGCCUCAUCUACUUAACGUAGUUAAGUAAAUUCCAAGAUUUUUCUAUAAAGGUUUUCCUUUUGUUUAAACUUCUGAAAUACUAAGUUAUUUAGUAAUUCUUAGCAGAAUGAUUGUACAUAUAAAUUUGAUACAAGAACUGUUCAAUUUUUAAGCUUCAUCUUCUAAUCAGCACUUAAAUUUUGCGGAAGAUCUUGCAAUAUCUCAUUAUCAUAGUUAUGCCGGCGAAUAUACGCAUAUCGUGUAAUUGUUCAAUAAAAAUCUUUCUCUAAUCUA